GCAGUAUUGUAGUAGGUUGAAAACCUAUACCAUCAAGAUUGUAAUCCCAUCAUUUAUCCGGAUUCUCAAAGGCCUCAGUUGUUGCUGUUUCCAUUUGCAACGUGUUUGAUAUUCACAGCUGAUCAGCCCAAGUCCAGGCUGUGGAGUCCUUUCCUCGCUCUCUCCACAUAUUUACAACUCAACUACUGGAAGGAUGGAUGUACAGUAUAUGAGAGCUCUCCCUACUGGCCGGAUCUGGAAUCGUUCCAGAUAAUCAUUGGGCUGGAAUCUCUCCAGAUAUCUCACACGUAGGAGCUUCGUGGUUUAGCUAUUUUAUCAUCCUGGAUUUGUUAAACAUUAACCAAAUUUGUAAUCGAGAUUAACAUUUACGAGAGAGUUUUCCCAAGUUUGAAUUCAGUUGCCCCAGAAAUGGUGGGCCAUCUACACUUGCAAGCGAUGGAUGACAGCUUGAAAGGGAAGAACCGGGAAGGGUUGCUUGACAGUCCGGAUUCAGGGCUGCCUCCGAGCCCCAGCCCGCCUUUCUAUUCUAUCUCCCCGGGUAUACUGGAGAGCCGAGCCGGGGGAAGCAGCACACCCAUUGAACAGCAUGGAUACAAUUACAGAAAGGAGAGCAAGGAAGGCAAACUGCUGCCGUAUCUCCUCCUGAACUCCCCUGGGACUGAGAUGAAGCCCAGAAUGUACCCGGUGUUCUUCGGAGAAAGCAUCGAGGUGAAAUCAGAACCAGCUAAAGAAAUCAGGUGCAACUCGGAGGUGAAGUACGACUCCGACAAGCACUACAGAAAUGAAGUCUACUGCGCCCCGAUCCCCACCGUCACCUCUUACAGCGAGACCUUCAUCGCGGCCCCUAACUGCACAUGGCGGAACUACAAGUCUGAGCUCCAGUUCGAGCCCCGGCAGAAAGCACUGCGGUUCCAGAGCACAACCAUCAUCUUCCCCAAGCACGCCAAGAACAUUUACAGAACCACCCUCAACUACAACUCUGCCAGCGCCAAAAGAUGGUUUGUGUCCAGCGUGCAGCUGAAGUCGAGCGAGGACGUCAGCCCCUGUAUAAUCUACACCGAGGACCUUUAACUGGUGCAAAGCUCAUCCCCUAGUGAGAGAGAGAGAGAGAGUCCUGUAAAGACUGACACGCUGGGCUUAGCGGCUGUUUGCUAACAGUGAAAAGGUACUUGAAAUUUUAAUGGCAGGACUUGUGCUGUCUGGAUGACUGUACAUAUUUAUAUACAUCAUAUACGUUUGCUGCCUAAAGCAGACAUUUUUAAUGUUAUUGCUUAGUCGUCUUGGUAUAGGGUAACGCUCUUAUUUUUGUUUUAGUUUGUGGUUUAUUUGUGUUCUGGGAUUUGGUGGAGUGUGCCCCCUCAAGACUACGACUAUAUCUCCUGGGUUGGGAGUGAGACUGGGAGACCAGCACUUUUUCUUUCAUUCCUUAGGCACUACUCCCACAAGGCUCCAAGCCCAGAGGUGGGGUAUCACCAACAAUGAGUAAUACUAUUAAGGGGCUAUUGCCUACUUAUCUGGCUGCCUGUCAGAUGUAGCAGCGGUGUAUGAGGGAAACAGAAUUGAGAGUUUCUGAUAAGAUUAGGCAGGUGUGGUGCCUUUGAUUGCUCUGGUAUACCCUCCUUGGUCCUUUUGCUCAAUAUACCAAACAUUUUUCAUUUGAAAUUUUCAUUUCAUAUGAAAACAAUAUCCUUCCAAGUGCCAGGGUAGUGCCUUUUAAAUAUUGGAUGUAAUAUUAAGCAUUUGAAUGCGCAAUGCAGAUUAAUUUUAAUAUAUUUUCGGUUGUGUUUCUGAAACAGAUUACUAUGCUCAUGAGUAAAAUCAUUCACCUGGUGUAUAAAAUAAGUGCCUUUGUUUUCUUUUUUACACAUGAUUUAGUGGUAGCAUGAAAAAAAAAAAAAAACUCCCAAAUUGUCUGUAUUGUGGACCAAAGAUUUCAUAAAGAAUCAGGUCAAGCUGCGAUGCACUGAUAUGUAAAGAAAUAUCAGCAAUGCAAGGCCUUAUUACUUCAGUAGGAAGGCUUGUUUUACUUGUGGCAGAUGUAAUUCUAUAAUAAUGUUUUAAAUUAUUGCGUCAGUGUACUUUAACCAGCUUUUCUCUUUGCUAAAUGUAUCUAGUCAAAAAGGUAACAUUACAUUCUGAAGGACAGCUAAGCAGGAUUUUCAAGCAGAAAAACUGAUGCUGCAGAGACGGACAAGAAUUGUGCUUCAUCUUAUGUUUAUCAGUCAUUCUUAAAAAAUACAAAACAUUUUCAAUGAGAAAAAACAAGUUCAAAUGACAACACCAAAGAGAUGACUUUUCUAAAGUCGACAGGAGUCUGAUUCGUUCGAUAGGUCUUUGUGGGCCUUCCCUUAGCUUUGGUCAUUGCCUAGCACUGGCUUUGGCUUGGAGGCCCGGUUUAUGCCAUACACUGUACCUACAGUAUCUGUAAGAUAUAUUUAUAAGGUCGAAAUCUGGGGAAAAUCUAAAGUGAUGCAAUGUUUGUGUCCUCCACUGUAGAUCUUAAAAAGCCUCCACACCUGAAUUGCAUUACUGCACCGCUAAUGCCAAAUAACUGGCUUAGGAAGCCCUGGUUUGUUGUUGUAACCUCAUCGAGGGAAUAACCAUAAAUAUGCUUGUUGUUUUUUAAUGACCAAGACAUGGACGCUGUAAACAUUCAUAUCACUGUGCAAUAUCAUUCGUCUCAUGUCCUCUUUCCAGUUGUGCAUCUUGGGCCCUAAUUUUCAGAAGUUGGUAAUGGGGUUUACUAAAUAGCAAGGAUUAUAUCUUACUUUUGACAUUUUAGGCCCUUAGCACAAAACUUUUGAAUUCACACACAAAAUGUAUUCCCUAUGAGAUACACAGUGUGUGCUAGCAAGCUUCAAACAUUUUAGCCCUGCAGGUAGAUGCAUGUGUUUCUUGAAGCUGCGCUACAGUUAAUGGGAUGUGAGCAGCAGCCGCCACAGAUUGCGUUCAAGGAUAGAAAAUGUAACUGGAAGGAAAUCCCUCAAGUCUGCCUCUGUUUCACAGUGAUUUACAAGCCUGGUACCCUGGCCUGGUGCGGGAAGCUGGACAUGAAGCAGGAAACACAAUGAAUCAUACAUCAGCUUUUUACAGCUUGUCACAGGCACUUAUAAAACGGCUGAAACAUAAAAAACAUUUAUAAAGCUCUGCCACCACAACGCUGUGUUGCUAAUACAGCGUGUGCACGUAGCACUGCCUGAUAACUCUGAAGAUCAGCGGCAUCUGAUACUACCCAGGUCACUCUUACCAGUAUCAGCCGCAUGAAAUUUAUUCCAAUAUAGAGCAAUGCACUCCUUAUCCAUCUUUUUGUACUCUACUGUAGCAUUUAAAGGUACUUUACGGAACAGAUCAGCUCUUAUGUAGGCAAAUGACCACCCAUAACCUAAAUCCUCAAUCAUAAAAAUUAGAGUACUGCUAAAAAAAAUAACAUGGUGAUAAAAAUCAGACCAUGGUUUUGAUGAAAAGACUUGCACUGCAUGACUGCUUUUUCCAGUCAGUUUAGCUGCCCUUCAAAUCUAACUUACUGUCUGUCUUUCAUGUUGUUUGCCGUGCAAACUCUCAAAAUGUAAUCCUAUAAAAACGAAAAAUAUAUAUAUAAAUAGUACUUGAAGAAGUGACCAAAUCUUUUUGAGGAUUUUUUUUUUUUUAAAUCUGUUCCCAACAGAAAAAUUAAGAGAUUUAAAAAAUAUAUAUAUAUAUAAACAAAACAAAACCAAAAUAGUCCGUUUUUAAACACAUUGCAUGUUAGUUGUUGAGUGUUGUAAAUGUAAAUUCCAUUGGAUUAAGUGAGGGAGAAACAAAUAAAGACCAGUUCAACAUUGGUUUAUGGCUCUACAAACAUUUCAAAUUUAUUGUUGAAUGAUAAACUUUUAAACAUUGAUGCUAGAGCUAAGAGUUCUGCCCUCCCAGAAACACAGAAAAAAAGUCCUGACCUAGAAAAAAUGUGCUAAGUGAAUUGAAACAGAAGCCUGGCUGCCUAAUCUAAGGUACAGAUUCCCUUUUGUGCAGCUGUGCCAGGACUCGGUUUCAGCACCUAUUGUGAGAUAUUGUAAGGGCUGUAUAUUUAAUGAAUUAAAGUACUUUUUUUUUCACAGGGGUGGGUUUAGUAGCCACUGAAUCCUAGUGGUUCUGUUUUUAAUAUACAGGGAGUCAGUCUUCCUUGCAUGCUGCCACAUGUGCUACUGAAACUUAUCCUCACCAAAGGCUUGGAGAGUUUGCGUUUUAUCGACAUAAUGAUAUGUGAUUUGUAAUAAAACAUGCUGAAGGAGGUAUUAAAAAGCCUUUAUAAAUUCCCUCCCCAGUUUCUUAUUCCGUCGUCAGUUGUUUUGUAGAUUUCAGGAUGUUAAUAUUUACCCAGUUCAUCACUGCCAGGAAAACAAUUGUGCCUGUGAUGUUGCACCUUAUUGCAAUAUUUGUAAUCAAACUCACCUUAACGUUUUAAUGCCUUCAUCUACGUUAUUAAAGAUUUUGACAAUUAUUAACUAGGAAAACUACAAUGCAAUUCUACGGGCACCUUGCUAGUAGAAAUACUUGUGUCAUAUUAUAAAGUAAUUAUGAUGCUUCUUGUAAUUCCUGAUUUGCCUAUUAUUUUUACUAGGUAAUGUUAAUAGCUGCCUAAUACAUCCUGUUUCACACAUUUAGAUGUAUAAUGAAUUCUUCAUAAUGGAUCCUUAAGCUAAAGUGCUGUUAAAUAUACAUCCUGAUACAUGUACAUUAUGUACUGACCUUUUAAUGUUUGUAUUACUGGUCUUAUUUUAAAUGUUGCUUACCUCGUUUUUUUUUCCUCACACACGGUCUGCCAGUUUCUCUUUAUGUUGUUCAACACUGCAUAAUUACAUCACAGAAUUGCUGCCGUUUUUUUUUUUUGUUAUUAUUAUUUAAGAAAUAUGUAUUCUGGUGAAGAUAAUGAUAUUCCUGUAUGUUUAUGCAUUUUAAAUUCAGAAUACAUCGCAGAAGGACUAUGAGACAAAGGAGUAUGUUUUAUGAAUUUUAUAUAAGUGUGGGUCACACUGUAUGUUUAACAGUAAUGAGUGUGUAUAACAGCGAGAGCUGCUGGGCUGGAAUUGUAUAAUUGCUGUUUCAGACUGUUGAAUGAAGAUGGUUGUGGUGAAGGUGCAGAAAGACAAUGUGGACUAAAUAAAACAAACAAAACUGGUGCCUUAUACAAUAGUUCCAAUCAGUUGCCGAGGUUCUAAAUGUAGUUACAGAAAUAAAGUUGUUCCUAUUGUUAUAGCCUGUAAAAGGAGGCAGGGAACUUCGGUAGUUUUGGACAUUAUUCAAAGCCUGGCUCAUACUGGUCAAUGGUGACUUUCUGUAAAGCACAUUGAAAAAAGUUGAAAUGUUGCCUUAAGUUACACCUCGUUUAAGUCAACAAGCAUGAAGUUGAACAAAACUCUACUUCACACAAGAUUAUCACAUUCUGUAGCUGGGUUCCAAUUUCAGUAGCACUUCAUCAAACCUGUCUCAGAGGCCUGCUAGACUUCCUUAUCUCCAGCCCCCAAUUAUUAAAUGCUGCUGCAGCCACCCAAGAGAAAUCUUCAAAGGUUUUGUACAAUCAUUUUUGAACCCCCCCCCCAACCCUGCCUCCAAAAAGAUGGAUACCAGCUGAUCUGCUUUCUCGUCUCAGUCAGUAGCGACCUUCCAGAAUACAGCACUGUGCUUUUGAAUUUUUAAAAGUUUGUGGUUUGUCUCUACCACAGUACCUACGGCAUACGUGUCCUUGAUGGCAGUGAAAGAUGUAGCUGGUCCGAGCAGAGUAGAGAAAGGUGACGUGAAGGGAGUAUGUGUAAUAUAAGUUUUUUUGUAAUAACUGUUGGUUUUUCUAACUUCUUGACAACUGCUUGUAAAAUACUUUCAUGUUGUAAAUGUGGCAAUAAGGCACUUCACAAUUUCCUUUAUAUUUUUGUAUAAUUCCCACGUUUAUCCUUUUCUGAACAAUCAAUAAGAAAAGAAUUAAAAAAAGACAAAUGUAUAUCUAAAUAAAA